AGGCCGCCCCCGAACCCCGCCGUGUCCUUCCCGGCCCCUCGGUUAACCCUGCCCAUCGGCCCCGACAUCCUGCGGACCUACUCGGGCGCCUUCGUCUGCCUGGAGAUUCUGUUUGGCGGUCUCGUCUGGAUUUUGGUUGCCUCCUCCAAUGUUCCUCUACCUCUGCUACAAGGAUGGGUCAUGUUUGUGUCCGUGACAGCUUUUUUCUUCUCCCUCCUUUUCCUGGGUGUGUUCCUCUCUGGCACGGUGACUCAGAUUGAUGCCAACUGGAACUUCUUGGAUUUUGCCUAUCAUUUUACAGUGUUUGUUUUCUACUUUGGAGCCUUCUUAUUAGAAGCAGCAGCCACAUCUCUGCACGAUCUGCAUUGCAAUACAACCACAUCUGUGCAGCCACUCCUGAGUGACAACCAGUAUAACAUCAACGUAGCAGCCACAAUUUUUGCCUUUGUGACAACAGUUUGUUAUGGUUGCAGUUUGGGUCUGGCUUUACGAAGAUGGCGACCGUGACACUCCUCGGAAACUAACAGUCAUGUGUUAGUUUUAUUUGUCUACUUUGUAUGUCUGAUCAAUUUAGAUACCAUUUUGUCCAGAACUAAUAACAUUUCAAAAAUAAUUUGUUUAGUAUAUUGAGAGAAUCUAAGUGUGAGUGUUUAUUUUCAUGGAUAGAAUUCUAAUUUUAUUAUGGUGUUAAACAGGAAAAUAACCUUUAAUUUUCCAUCUUUUUUCUUUUCUUUCUUUUUUCUUUUUUCUUUUUUUUUUUUAGGAAUUUUUUUAUCCACAAAACACACUGAUAUUUACCAUGAAAAAGUAAUAUCCAUUUAGUUUUUUUAAGCGUCACCUGGACCUUAAUUUUAAUAGGUAACUAAAAUGUCCUUAAAAAAAUAAAGUCAAAUAGGCUUUCCACUGACUCCAGCCUUUAGGGAUUAGGACACUUUUUCUGUAAUAGGCCAGAUGGUAAAUAUUUUAGGCUUUGUGAGCAAUCUUGUCUCUGUUGCAGCUCUGCUCUUGUAGCAGGAAAACAGCUAUAGCCAAUGUGUACUUGAAUGAGUAUGCCCAGGUUCUAAUAAGACUUUAUAAAACUAGGGGCAGGCUGGAUUCAGCUUAUAGGUUAUAGUUUGUAGACCUUGGUAUAAAACCUCAGUUAUGUAUUCUAUUUGACUGAACUGAUCUUGAAAGGUUAUAAAUUAGAUAAGUCACAUAAUAUUUAGUCACAUUAUGCAAUAAUCACAUUGCCUUUUGUUAAUGGUCAAAUACUUACCCUUGGAGGGCUGUAGAGUUUCUCAAACUAAUUCAAGCAGAGUCUUCGGUACACAAAAAUUUAUGAAGUAAACCCUAGUUGCUUAAUCAAACUAAUGAUCUUCUAACAACUGAGCAAGACUCAUCUGAGAGUCCUUAAAAUGGAAACCCUAGAGACCAUUCAUCACUACUGGAACUGGUAUCUAGCUGCUUGUGUCUUACUUUAGUUUUGUUUAUGUUUCAGAGUACAGUUUUUUGCCCUGUGCAUGAAUAUAUAUAUAUAUUUAUGUGUGGAUAUGUGAGUCUUCUCCAAAUAGGGCUCUCUGCAAAGUUAAUUAAUAUUUUACUUCUAGUUAUUUUGCAUUACUUUCUGAGUUAAAUCUAAAUAGAGUAUUAAAUAUAACAAAGUUAUAGAUUCUUCAUGUUUUGAUAGUAGCCCGGAUAUAUGUGUUUUUUUUUUUAUUUGUUUGUUUUUUGGGUUUUUUUUUUUGCAUUGGUUACAAAUGGAUACAGUCAGUUUAAAACGAUAGCCAUCACAAAAACUGUCUUUAGCUGAAUAGCACAGAAAAUUAUUUUAACACAUUUGUAAAGAUUCUGGUCAUGGAACGGUGUCAAAUGGCUUGAAUGGGAGAGCAAGUUAGAGUUAGGCUAUGGUUCCCCCAACAUUGUCCAAGCAAGGUACCUGUCAUAGUCCAAGAAGGCUACCUCUGGGAAUAAAGGGCUUUGG